UGAAGUUCUAUGAGGUGCUCUGAGUGGAAUGCUCCCAAUACCAUUUGUAGCUCUGUUUUCCACUCUUAUCACAAGAACCUUGCUUCCUAGCUGCUCCAAGCAGCUAUUACCAGGAUUAUAAAAAAUGUAAAUGGCAGACUACGUUGUGAAAAUAAUGCACAAUGUCUUCACUGUCUCCUGCAACAGCAUCAUCUACCCCACCAUCUUCUGUCAUAUUCAGUGCUAGAAGAACAGAAUCCCAUGAUAUUCCUAAUAUUGUCCAACACAUGAAAUACAAUACAGAAAGAUUAUUUGGCAGAAUUAAUGUCAUCUAUCUUUUAGAAAAAGCCAAUCUUGCAGUGACUUUAGUUAAUCAGAAGAAUGUAACUGUUGCUCAUGCUGUAUUUCUGGACUAUCCCAAUUGGGAUGUUGUUGAGCAAGCCAAUUGGGAACAGUACUUAGAACAAAAUUAUUUUCAAAACAAGUGUACGCCUUUAAAUACACUAUUUAUGCAUCUUUUUGUGGCAACAGAUGGAUAUGCUGUUGACUGUUGCCAUGAAAUUAUGACGACUGUUUUUAAAACUAUCCCAGAGCUACAUUUCAUACUUCUCUUUGUACCAUGCGAGGAGGAUUUAGGCAUAGACUUAGCAACUGCUUUUUCACCAGUGGAGAGCAUAGCAGGUUCAACGUGGGAUUCCGACUGUAAUCUGUAUGUGUCACACAGGCACCAAUAUUGUCCCCAGCUGUAUGUCCGCUGUGCCAGAGUGGAAGACCACGAUGAUCUCACCCCUAUCUUUGCACGCCACAAUGAUACCCUGAGAAAAACCUAUGGAGAUUACUUCCUUGCUGAACUGAUAGAAGCACAAGAUGAAGAGAAUCGUGCUGUAGUUUGUGAGGAUGAUGGCAUAGCAGUGGGCUUCAUGAGUGUAUGCUCUGAAGUGAGUAUACAGUUGCUUCAUGACUGUUUUGACUUGGGUCCCUUCCACGGACUAUGUAAACCACACCCAGAUGACGUUCUGAAGCCACCACGGAAGCCAAGUGACAUAGCUGAUGAAACCAGCGUAACAAGUCAAAAAGAAGAAACACCAGAUAUGGAUAGUGAGAGAGGUAGCAAAAUUGGGAGCUUCCUUUCUCAAGCUUCACAUGUUAGUGCAAAUGCUAGUAAAAGAGAAAGCAUUCUUCGUACAACGUCAGAGAGAGAGGGAGGACUUGCUAGAGUUUCAUUAGAACGGCCAGAAACCAGCAGUUUAGAAAUCAGCAGAAGCAAGGAUUUGAAAACCUCCAAGACACCUUCCAUUCUGACUGUGGAGACAGAGCCUUUCCGUCCUACAUAUAAAGGAGAAGUGAAUGCUUUUUGUAUACAGCUCUUUUGUAUUGAUGAGAAACAUGAAACAAGGUCAUUAGAUUUCAUGAAUUUUGUUUUCAACCUUUUCCCAGACAAAGACUUCUGCAUUAUCUCAGUUCCACAUAUGGUGCCUGAAUUUUAUCUGAUCCAGAAUUUUGUCCGGGUUAUACCCUUUAGCAGCUGUACACUGGAUCAAGAGCUCUAUGUGUUUCACCGUUCAGGAUUACUCAAGUCCUUUAUUGUAAGACCAGCAAGAACCAGUGAUGUCGCCGGUGUUGAAUUACUAAUCCAAACUUUGAAAUUGAACAAAAGUAUAUUGGAUGACCUAAAUGGCUACAUAUUGGCACGAAGAGAUCCAGAUGGAACACCAAUUCAAGCAUUUGUAGCAGAAGUUUUGCAUCAAAUUGUUGGAAUAUCAGUUAUUAGAAAUGAAACGGAUAUAGAAUAUAUUCGCUCACACUACAACAUUGAAGACUUUAUUUAUUUCAGUCAUCACCAGCAGGAAGAGCAUGGUCACCUUUACCAUUUUGCACUGAAUCCAGUCUUUCAUCACUAUGCAAAACAUUUUAUGAAGGAGAUGCUUCGACUAGCCUACAAAUCUUGUCUCUAUUACCCUAUUUAUCCUCAGCCUGAAGAUGGCAAGUUCCAGAAUCCCUGUGCCCAUUCCCUGACAUCUGCCCUUCAUUACAUGGUUCCCGUGCGACCAAGACGACAGAUUGUCUAUCCUCUGGAAAAACUUGGCAUAAAUGCUCCAGCAAAAGAGGUCUCUAAGGAUCAGGUAAAGUAUGCACUGAACCACUUUAAUCGGAAGUUGUCCUUGGAGCCUAAAGUGUCGGUGAAUGCUAGAAUUGUAGUAGUUGGGGCAUCAAAUGUUGGAAUCGCCUUCCUAGAAACAUUGAUUUUUUGUCCACAUCUGAAAUUUAACAACCUAACCUUGAUUUCAACUCAUGGACUUCCUGGGAAAGAAGAGUCAAAUUGUCUACAUAACCGGUUUUUAUCUAACAGCCAUUGUUUUAAUGAGAAUGACUACGCACUGAUGUCACUUAGUUCAUGGAUUAAUGUUGUGGUUGGAAAAAUGACUGGCAUAGACAGAGCUGCAAAACAUGUACUGGUUUCCAAUGGGAGAAAAGUGCCUUAUGACCAUCUCAUUCUCUGUGCUGGCCAGCAGUAUCAGGCCCCAUGUCCUACUGGUGCAGAUAUCAAAAAAUUGUUCACCAACAGGGAGGUCUCAACAAACUAUAGGCAAAGAUAUACAGGAGUAGUGCCUUCCAACCUUUUUGCUAUUUCUGACGAUGAAGAUGCCUUAAUAGCAAUGAAGUAUUUAAAAGACAAAGUUGUUAAUACCUCAGGGAAUGUUAUUGUCUAUGGGAAUACAAUUGACAUUUACACUACUAUAGCAGCUCUCUUAUCAUUAGGAAUUAAUGGCAGCCUCAUACAUCUUGUGCAUCCUCCAUUAUGCUCAAAUGUUACUUCUCUUAAUAACAACGCAAUAGAAAAUGCUGUCCAGAGAGCCCUGUCCAGAGCUGGUGUGACUGUGUAUCAUGACAGUCUGCUGGCUCAGUGGAAUGAUGGCACCCACCCGGACCCAAUUGAGUUUGCAUCUUUCACUACUAAUACAAAGCCAUUCAGAUUGCAGUGUUCUGCAUUCUUUAACUUUACUGAAAAAAGAGUGGAUUAUGAGACCUUCAAGGCAAUUAAUGAUGCAUGUCUAGUUUACGACGGGAGGCUUGUGAUUGAUACCAACUUCCAUACUAAUGAUAUCGCCAUCAGAGCUGCAGGUUCUUUAACCAAGUUCUCCAAUAUAUACUAUGCCAAUGAAUGGACACACAGCAAUUUCAGCUCAAAAGAGGUUGGCUUCCAGCUUGCUGCAACCAUGCUAAAUCUUUUUGAUCCAACUCUGGAGCCAGUUUUUGAACCCCCAGAAGAUUUGGAUAGACUCAUCCCUAUAUACAAGGGGUGCAAAGUUCAAGGUGGUGUUCUACCUGGAAAAUAUAAUUAUGUGCAUAUUUUUAAACCUGGAAUUCCUUCUCGCUUGGAUGUACAAGAAUCACAACCUAAUUAUGGGAUGGCAAUCACAACAGGAGAUGCAAUAAAGGGAAACUACUUCAGAAUACAUGUCAACCAGUACAGUAUGAUAGAAACAAUUACCUGCUUUUCAAAGGAUCCUGUUCCUGUCUCCAACUACAUCUGUUUAUUUGCACAGCACGAGCGUCUUCUUAAUAAUCUUUGUUCUCGCUGGAGGGAAGGACUGAUCACAGAUCUCUACAGCUACUUGAAGGAACCUUGGGCUUUGACCAUCUAUCAUGAUCGCUUUAUCGAUCUGAAGAAGGAACUGCGCCAGAUUCUAGUAUCUGUCCAGGAAGAAGGUGUUCCUUCACUUCAAGAACUUGUUCGCCAAGUUGUGGACGGUGAACUUGCAUUAAUGGAGAGACCAAAGACAUAUCUCAAACGGUUCUAUAAGCAAAGUGUCCACAAGGAACUGCUGGAGAAAAGCAUUCUCAAUUAUCUAGACUAUAACAAUUAUCACCUGCCAAUGUUUGCCUGGCCAGGGAUAGUUUAGGUGUGGCUGGAUAAGUAUGGCCUUUGUUACUUUAAAUUAUAUGAGGGUCUUAACAAAAAUUUGGGGGAUGGGUGGGUUGCAUGUCAUUUUGUUCAAACUCUUCAUGACUGUCCUGUGCGCAAAAUGAAAUCUGUCUUAUUUAAAAAGCCCACCAGGUGGAGCAUAAUCUUGAUUUUGUUGUUUUGCAAGACUGAAUUAAAAAUAAAAUAAAUAAGUCAUGCAGUUA